GGCGGUGCAGAAGUGCAUGUACUUUUAAUGUAAUUGUUAUCCUUGUUUCUAUCGCAUUUUUUUACAAGAUCCAAGUUUGGGCCACUGUCAACCUCGGAAGACCUUGCUGCUGCUAUUCCGCCCGACCCUGGAAGUCCUGUAGCGGUUACGCAGCGAUAGGACCGGUUCUUAGCACAAUGAGCGGUAGUGACCACACGGGAGAGGACGAAGUCCACCAGAUCUGCUCGGUGGAUCCAGAGGCUGCAGCAGCCGGCAGCGCGACGGCUACGGGGACUUGCGUCGGUGCAAUGGCUAACGUGAACGCCGGCGAUAUCGUAAAAAGAUCUUUUGGCGUCGUCCGAUUUUGCAUUUUGUAUUUGUUCUCGAAAUAUCUACAUAUAGUAUUCCUGCACUUGCCACACGCAGCUCCAGCUUGCAAUAUUCUUUCUUGCAUUUAUUUUGUCACUUUGUAUUCAAUUUCAAGUUCCUGAGGCCACUUCUCUUUUUCGAUAUCAUAAGACUCAAGCUAAGGCAGUCGUUGUAUGACGCAACCGUUGGCCGGUGUCCCGAAGAAGCUUCGCAUUUCCAAAAUCGGCACAAUGGGUACAGUGAUAUGCAUUGAGCACUUGGCUAUCGUAUUCGUGUACGGUCCAACUGUUGUAUGAACGGGUUUUGUAAACUGGUCUUCGUCAACUCUCAAGAGCAGAACCAACACUUGGCAGUUCUACUUCUGACCGAGAAAUAGAUAAAAAAAAAGGUCAUCAGUACUACGAAUGAACAAGUUUCUUGGGCGUAACCGCAUAUGACAGCUUUGCGCAGGACAAAGAACUCUUGGAGCAGAUGGCAAUCUAGUCAUUCACUUGGAAAUCGUGAACGUGAACGUGUUGAUAACACCUCAACAACGGCGUCCUCGCGGCGAGGAGGUAUCCUGAGUAAAAACGUACCCACACCAGAGUCAGGAUGGGGAUUUUGCAACACAAACCUAGGAGUUUUGUGAGUCACGCAUGACAAGUUGCACUCUGCAGUGUAGUGCAGGUUAGCAUUUGCAGCAGCAUCACAGAUUCAUCUGCUCAUCCUGUUCACAGCAUCACAAAUUCCAAAACACGACUGGAAAUGGCUCUCAUGGGGAUGCGCAUUACAAGUCUUCCUGUCUUUGCAAAUCUGCAUUACAACUCUGGUGUGGGUACGUUUUUACUCAGGAUAGGAGGUGCAUCCGUGGUAGGCGGCGGCGGAGAAGGUGUAUCCCGGUGAUCGAGUAGGAGUACGUGUACGUGCAUCAGUGCCUACAAAAAAGAACUUCCUGCUGUCUUGCCCACUUCGAUUGCUGCCGAUGGCGAUGAAACGUCGCCAUGAACAUGAUAAUAUAAAACAAAGUAACUACCCUGUUUUAGUUUUUCCUUGCAUGGUUAUCGUUAUCAUUAUCACUUCACCUUUCAAUGGCGUCGUUCACGAAUAUGCGUCGAUAGUGCCGUGGAUAUUAACAAGCAAGAUGAACUGCCACUAACACACGACUGCGCUACUUUCCUUUGAUGACGAACCGGACCCGGCGCGCACGAACAGCAUAGUAGUACUUUUGCGCACAAAAGCAGUUCUCAGCUACAGCAGUACGCUAGUCAUGCUCCACCUAAGCCAACUGCUACUAAAGUGGGAGCAGCGGAUACGGCCAGCUGUGCUGCGCCUUGCAGUGCCGCUAUCCUGAGGAAAAAUCCGUCCACCCAACUCUCAGGGGAGAUUUUUUAGCAUAGCUACUGAUUCGUGUACUCCAAUUCGCUUGCACCGCCAGAAGUCAAGGAGACCACAUGAAACUGGUUCGCAGGCAAUUUCUUGUCAUGCCAUUCCGGGCAGUUCUUUCGUGUCAUGAUGAACUCGCAACGCCUUUACAGCCCAGACAGCACUACGGUUCGCAUCUCGUCGCUUCUAAACUGACGACUUGAUCUGUCGUGGCUGGCCAAUAGUAAUCUUAUACCCCUUUCUUUGCAUGUAACUAUGGGCAUGGGGUUGGGGCUUGUUUGUUUUUCACCUUGAUAGCAGCGUAUAACUACGGAGGACCUGCUGGCCAUGUGGACCAUGCCAAUGUAGAAACUUCUUGUUGAUUUAUUUCCUUGUGGAGUUGUAGGUAAAGGUAUAAUUUGUUUCUUGCUGCUCAAAGGGAACUACGCAAGGGUCUGGAAAUACGGCAACACGUAGCAGUGUUCAUCAUCAACAUUGGUAUUUAUAGGUGCUAGAAGAUAAUCAGAUUCGCCCUACACCCAUGCAGAAAUGCUACAGUGUGUGCGGGUUUGGUCCCCCCCGAACGACGUGUGCGAGUGUGUGGCCCACACCCAAGUCCGAAAAAACCUAGCCUCAUAACAGCCGCGCCC